UUUUAGCUGACUCAAUCUAAUUCUUCAUUUUGGAUCAUUCAUCAAUCAAUACAUCUUUUGAUUUAUAAUAAUAAUAAAAAAACCCUUAAAACACAAUCAAUUGGAAUAAAAUGGAAUUGGCUCGAAUGUCUAAUCAAGAUCGUCUCAAACUAUGUCGUCGUUAUUUUUACAUUGGAUUUUUUGGUCUACCUUUUUUAUGGAUGAUUAACACUGUUUGGUUUGGUAUGUUUAUAUUCAAAUAUGAUACCUAUCAGGAACAAAGACGACAACAACAACAGCGAUCGAAUAGAACGAAUCGUCAAACGAUAAAUCCACAACAACAGACAUCACCACAAGAACCAAUGAUUGUAAAUUCUCCUGAACAAUCAAAUACAUCGACACAAGAUGAUCGAUCUGCACGAAACCAAGAAACAACUAAACAUCUACUACAAAUACGUUCAUUAGUCAUUUAUUCAUUCUGUGGAUCAUUAAUUUGGAUCGUAUCUAUUCUUGCCUGGAUCAUUACAUUCCAAUUGAAACGAGCAGAAUGGGGUGAAUGGGGCGAUGAAAUUUCAUUCAAUAUUCCAAGAGGAAUACCAUGAAUAUCUGUCUAACAAUUCCAGAUUUAUUUCAACUUUAAUUUUUUAUAUAUGAAUCUUUGAUGAAAUUUUGAUUGUUUAUAUUUCAUGAGUUAUAAAAUUACCAUCCGAUCUUAA